GAAGUGGUGACUGAGGUCAGAGGGCGGAGUCGCUGCUUGGAGACGGCGGGAGCUCUUUCGCCAUGGCUGCCGGGCCCAUCUCCGAGCGGAACCAGGAUGCCACCGUGUACGUGGGGGGUCUGGAUGAGAAGGUUAGUGAACCACUGCUGUGGGAACUGUUUCUCCAGGCAGGACCAGUAGUCAACACCCACAUGCCAAAGGAUAGAGUAACAGGCCAGCACCAAGGAUAUGGUUUUGUGGAAUUCUUGAGUGAGGAGGAUGCUGACUAUGCCAUUAAGAUCAUGAACAUGAUCAAACUCUAUGGGAAACCAAUACGUGUGAACAAGGCAUCCGCUCACAACAAAAACCUGGAUGUAGGGGCCAACAUUUUCAUUGGGAACCUGGACCCAGAGAUUGAUGAGAAGCUGCUUUAUGAUACUUUCAGCGCCUUUGGAGUCAUCUUACAAACCCCCAAGAUUAUGCGGGACCCUGACACAGGCAACUCCAAAGGUUAUGCUUUUAUUAAUUUUGCUUCGUUUGAUGCUUCGGAUGCAGCAAUUGAGGCUAUGAAUGGGCAGUACCUUUGUAACCGCCCUAUCACUGUGUCUUAUGCCUUCAAGAAGGACUCUAAGGGAGAGCGCCAUGGCUCAGCAGCUGAACGGCUUCUGGCAGCUCAGAACCCACUCUCCCAGGCUGACCGCCCCCAUCAGCUGUUUGCAGAUGCACCUCCUCCACCUUCUGCUCCCAAUCCUGUGGUAUCAUCACUGGGAUCCGGGCUUCCACCACCAGGCAUGCCUCCUCCUGGCUCCUUCCCACCCCCAGUGCCACCUCCUGGAGCCCUCCCACCUGGGAUACCCCCAGCCAUGCCUCCGCCACCUAUGCCUCCUGGGGCUGGAGGACAUGGCCCCCCAUCAGCAGGAACUCCAGGAGCAGGACAUCCUGGUCAUGGACACUCACAUCCUCACCCAUUUCCUCCAGGUGGGAUGCCCCAUCCAGGGAUGUCUCAGAUGCAACUGGCACACCAUGGCCCUCAUGGCUUAGGACACCCCCAUGCGGGACCCCCAGGCUCUGGGGGACAGCCACCACCUCGACCACCACCUGGAAUGCCUCAUCCUGGACCUCCUCCAAUGGGCAUGCCCCCCCGAGGGCCUCCAUUUGGGUCUCCCAUGGGUCAUCCAGGUCCUAUGCCCCCACAUGGUAUGCGUGGACCUCCUCCACUGAUGCCCCCUCAUGGAUACACUGGCCCUCCACGCCCCCCACCCUAUGGCUACCAGAGGGGACCUCUCCCUCCACCCAGACCAACUCCCCGGCCUCCAGUUCCCCCUCGUGGCCCGCUCCGGGGCCCUCUCCCUCAGUAAAUUUGCAUUCUCCUUCCUCUUGUUAUACCCUCCCAAUAUCUUUUCGAGUCCUUGGACCAGUCAGAGUUGCUGUACCUUCUUGGGGCUAAGGCACUAAUCCCUUUCAACCCUGCCCCAUUUAAUGUAAUUUUUUCCCACUGGAGGUAUUCCCUUUUUUUGCAAAUGCACAGACAAAAUUAAAGUCCUUGUUUGUUCUUUGUGACA